AGACUUCAAGAGUAGUCGCUCGACCCGACCUCGUUCCAAAAGCCUUGAGCCUUGGUAUCAUUUUACGACUUUCAUCAAAUAAUGAUUGAUAUUGUUGUUGCAGCAGUGUUUAGUAACAAUGAAGUGACACUAAGCCAACCGAACAAUCUUAUCAGUAUUUCAGUUGUCGGUGAGACCUCGAGCGAAACGAUACACUUACAGAACAGUUUAAUGCAAAAGAUAUCGGAAUUUUGAAAUUAGAGUGUUGGAGCAGUGUAAAAAGUUACAUGUUAAAGCUAUGAAAAAUUGUGUGCAACAAAAAACGUUACAAUGGCCACCGCAUCGCUGAUUACCACCGAAGAAAUAAACUCACGAACAAAGACGCACAAAAAAUGUAAACAACAAAUAUUGUUAAAUCAUGAAACACAAAAUAAUUGGCUCUGGCGAAAUAUCCCAGGCAAUCAACAGCAAAUUAGCUCAUCAACAUAUUGGUUGUUAGUGAUGACAUUGCUCACACUGUCUGCAUGCCAUAUCCGUGCGGAUUACUACAGUAACGGUGGUAGCUGGCAACCGCUACCAUCACCCCCACUACAACCGCUCCCGCCACCCUUUGGUCCAUUGCAGAACGUAACUUGCAUAGCACAUGACACCAAAUUCACUUGCGAUUGUCAACAUGUGAAUCAGCGCCUACAACUGCCUCACCUGAUCGGCUAUGUGUUUCAAAUAGAGAUAAGUAAUUGCAGGUUCUUGACCAUAGAAGCUAAUGCGCUGGAAGAUACCCAAGGCUUGCGUACAAUUCAUUUUACGAAUAUCGAAAAUUUGGUAUUGAAUAAGUAUGCGCUAGCUUUUCCGCGGUAUGCAAGUAAUACACCGCUUAUUAUCGAUUUCCAUAAGGUGAAUUUCGAGUUGAUUGAUUCGCAUGCAAUCAACGGCAACAUAGAAGAAAUUUCAUUCAUUGGUGGGCGCAUCGAUGUGAUUCAUCCUUUUGGUUUCACAACGCUCAAGGAUCGCGCUAUUUUGCUGAAAAUGGACAAUGUGCUUGUGAAGAGAAUAGAACCACAGGCCUUCAAGAAGUUCGCUGUCGAACAACUGGAAAUUCGGAACUGUGUAUUCCAGACAAAUGUGCCAUCGAAAGCCUUUUACGAACUUGAGGUGCUCAACUCUCUGCGCAUACACAACAACAAUUUUCAAGAGGUGCAUUCACACGCGUUUUCCUUUAAAAUAAUCAACAAACUCAGUAUAACGGACAACUAUUUUGCGUCCAUCGAUGCUGAAUGGAUUGAGGCAUAUGUGCGUGAAAGCGUACAGAUACGCGACAACUAUUUUGGUCUCACGAGUCCGAUAGCGUUCAAGGGCAUCCACAUCCACCGGGACUACAUGCACAGUGAACUUCUCGAGCUGCAAUUCAACAACAACACUAUACAGCUACCAUUCGAAACACGCCCACUCGAAUUUAACGAUCGGUUCGCGCUCAAUCUCAAGCAGUUGCGCUACGAAAAUACCUAUGGCUGUAACGAUUUGGAUACAGCACAAACACCACCGAUACCCAAACAAACAUUCUUUCGCAAUAAUGUGGAUAAUAUUUAUGUGUUGGCAAUGGCUUCAAAAAAGGUAGCAGCACCAACUAAUGGGCAAAUAACCACAUCCAGCCGGUCAAAUGAUUUUGUCUUACUUAACAAAUACAUCGAAACAAAUUGUCAGCCGCGUUCGUAUUUGUCAUAUAUACUUUUAGGCGUGCUAGCGCUGGUGUUGGUGUUGCUCUUGAUUGGCGUAAUUGUUUGGCUGCAAUUGGCCAAACGACGAAAGAAGCGGAAAUUGGAUGUCGUUAUGCCCGACCCACGCACCUACAAGGAAACGCAAAUCGUCUAUCAGAUCGAAAAUGCGGGACUUCUAAAGACUGAUCUGUGAGUGCUAGCCAUGUGGAGGCUGCAUAGUGGAGUAUAUGGAACGUUUAGAGAUGCUAUGCAAACUAAUUGCCACGCCAAAUAAAUUUUAACGUAUAAUGUAAGCAGAAAGAAAUCUAAACAGAAAAUAUAUUUUGUAGUAUACACGAAGUAGGACGAUGAUUUACAAGGAAUCCAAAUACGCUGUUUUACCAAAUUUUAGAAUUUACUUUUAUAAACUAAUAUAGGCUUUGUAUAUAUUAUGUAUAUAUGAAUUAAUUAGAUAUUUAAGAAUAAAUUAAGUUGUGUGUUAAAUUUGAA